GUAAACUAAAAAAAAAAAAAAAAAAAAAAGCCAGUCUUCUAUGGCUGCCGAAGCCCAGUCGUUACUUUUUAUGAUCUUCAACCAACUUUUCAGUGGGCAUUUCUCUUCGUGUGGUUUCUGUGGCGAUGGAUCGCAGCAGAUCACCUGACAGAGCAGGCAGAGAUAAGAAGAAGAAGAAACGGAGGCGGUCCUCCUCCUCCUCGUCUUCUUCAUCAUCUUCGUCGUCUUCCUCAUCCAGCAGCAGGAGUCGGAGCAGAUCGUCUAAGAAAGGAGCACUCAAGAGCCAAGAUGUGAAAACUCAAAGAAAGAAGCGCAGGAGAAGCUCCUCUUCUUCAUCCUCUUCCUCCUCCUCCUCCUCUUCCUCGUCAUCCUCACCCCCGUCGAGCGACGAGAAGACGAAGAGGAAGAAAAGUAAAGCCAAGAAAAAGAAGCUGAAGAAGAAGAAGGCGAAACUGAAGAAACAGAGGAAAAAGGAGAAAAAGAAGAAAGAGAAGCUGAAGAAGAAGGAGAAGAAGAAGGCGGAGGGACUUCCGUCCGCUGGUCCGGCACAGAAACCUCCGUCCUACCUGGAAGUGUGGCAGAGUGAUGAGGGGGCAGUGGAGCUGGGACCUGUUAUGACAGAUGAGCAGAAGGCCCGGCUCUCCACCAAGAGGCCUCUCACCAAAGAGGAGUACGAGGCCAGGCAGAGUGUGAUCCGCAGGGUGGUGGACCCUGAAACGGGACGGACCAGGUUGGUGAGAGGAGAAGGAGAGAUCAUAGAGGAGAUCGUCAGUCGAGACAAACACAAAGAGAUCAACAAGCAAGCCACCAAGGGAGACGGGAAUGCCUUCCAGAGAAAACUGGGAAUCAACAGGUAGAAGAUGCAGCAGCCUCCUUCCAAAGUCAGAGUAGCUUCGCUAAAAUGAAACUACCUUCGUCGGGAUGGCCAGACUGCUGAUGGUGACUGGCUUUUACAGAAUUGUAUAUUUGGUUUGAAUUUUAUAUCAGUGAUUCACCUGUGAUUGAACUGUAUAGUAAUGAAUGUACAAAACAACAGGGACAUGUACUCCUGAUGUACACUAAUGAGUUAAAUCCAGGCAAAAGGCAUCAUCUCCUGUUGUAAAGAGAAAGCAGAGUUAUGGGUAAUUAAAAUGUGUCAAGUCUAUAAAAGGAGCAGGAGCUGUCCCUAACAGUUUGCACAGCCAAUGUUAUGUUUACACUGAUUCAUGCAUAUAUUUAUUUUCUCCAUGUUUCAAAGCAUUUCAGUGUUGAUCCAUGAACUUGACUCAGGAUGUCUGAUAAUUUAGGGCCGGUAACUAUGUUCAAGUGGUUUGUGCAUUUGAAAUCAGUGAUAUCAUAUUACAUAAUCUCUACUUAAUGUGAAGCACAGUAAGAGGCUGAUUUAAAAGUUCAGUGUCCUGCGUGACUCUGCAAACUUUUUUUUCUUCCUUUUUUUGUAUUUGGCUACUUAUUCUACACCCACUCAAAGAUGUCUUCUCACCUUUAAAUCUCACAUUUUGGUUCUCUGAAUAAAUCUGCAUUUGUGUGAACUGAUCCCAGAAAAAUAAACAGUUUGUGUGAACUCUCCUA